UGAAACGGGAGACAAAUUCUUACUAGCCUUACUUAAAUGUCAUAAAUCAAGUAAACUGGAUGUUAGAAAUUCGCAGAUAGAUUUCUGCAAUUUUUAUUGCUAGGCAUACCCUCAUCCGACCCCUUUCUAUUCUCCUCAGCCUUACCCCCCCCCCUCCCUAAGAGCUACAGUUCGCCCCAGUACCUCCCAGCCAAACAAAAUGGCGGACGAACAACGAAACGAAUGCGAACAGGUAGUACGUACAAAUGCGAGCCUCGCAUGGAAAAAAAAGUACCUUUCAUUACAAAAACACAGCAGACAAAUAGAACAGGAGAAUGAGCGUAUUGUGAAUAGAAUAUACCAUGUCAGAAAGCUCCUCAAGCGAUUUAGACGCCAGAGACGGUUUCUAAUGGAAAAGCUAGACGAUCACGAAGAUGAUUAUCGAAGUGCACAGCCACCCUUACAGACAGAACUGAUGGCAGAAAUUGUUGCUGAGGGUCUACCAUCGUCUUUCCUUCCGUUUGGAAUGCAAGGGCAAACUUCCCCAGGCCAAGUCAGUAAUGCAACAACCUCAUCCCAUAAGAAGGGGAAGAGUCGCAGCUCGGCGAAGCAAGACAAGGAGAAGGACCCAAAUGCCCCCAAGAAGCCUGCCAAUGCCUUCUUUAUGUUCUGCCAGCAGCAGAGGACUGUCAUGCAGGAAGAUCAUAAAGAUGCAACUGCUGUCAUGGGUCACCAUGAGCUGACAAAAUCUCUGGCUAAAGAGUGGAAUAACCUGUUGCCAGAUGAAAAAAAGGUCUACUAUGAAAUGUAUGAACGUGACAAAGAACGCUAUGAAUUGGAAAUGAAGCAAUACAGCUCAGACAAGCCCCCGAGCAAGAAACAAAAAGACCCUUCCAGCAAAAAAAGAAAACCCAAAGGUAAAGAGGGUACGGCAGCUCCCUUACACAGUGAAGCAGUCGAUUCCUCUGGUGUAGCAGGUGAUCAAAGAUCAAGUCUACUUGUAUCGGCAACACUCAACCCUCUUUUCUCACAAAGCUUGGGCUCUGUGUCUUUCGGAAUUCCUCUCAUUCCUUCACCAACCCUGCCCUCCACAGAGAAGGACUCGUUCCAGGAAUACGAUCAACUUUCUCCUCCAUCUCAAGACUCAUUCUUGUCUGGAUAGGUGUUCCAGGAACACGAGCAAUACUGGAUACGGUAGCUUGCUCUAGGUUUUCCAGGAAUAGCAACUUUUUUCAGCUCAAGACUUCCCUCUUGAUGGCAUGGCCUAGGGGGAACGGAAGGUGAGCUACUCUCUCCUCCAUUUUAUAUGGACUUCCUAUCUGGAUGAUUGUGUCAGAAAUUCCAAGAAAAUUAAAAGCAUUGGCCUAGCAAUGCGGAAAUAUACAUAAUUUUCUGCAAACAUUAUCUCCACUUUAAAACGUAUUUCUACCUGGAAAAUUCUUCCUAGGGAUUGCCAAAACUUUCUUCUAUUCUCAAGAUACUAUCUGGGUAGCUUCCAUCGACAGUUUUAUAUAAGCAAUUUUCUCUUUAACCUGAGAUGCGUUCCUAUCUGGAAAGCAUGCUCAAGGUGUUUGGAAAAGGAAAACAAAUACAGCUAAUUUGGGCUGAUUUGUAAAUAGUAGUGAAUUUAUUGUCAAUGAGAACGGAUAUAUUUUAUUGUGACGAAUGCUUUCUCUGAUACUUUUCUGUAGAAUAAGGAAGGAAGGAAGUACAUGUUGUGGGCCACUGAAAA